UUCGUCGAUAUUGUCAAUAUUGUUGUUGCAGGAUUUUACAUAUCGCCUACCUUACCGGAGAUCGAACAAGUGUUUUCUAAUUAUGAUUAAAGAACUGGCCGUUGUAUUAGUGGUGAUAUGGUACUCACCAAUAACUGCUGAAUUACCGAAUACUCGUGCUGCUCACGUUGAUGAACUUCUUGAACGAUAUCAAAGGAGCCCAUUCACGCCCGACUUUCAUUAUGAUGACGAAUCGCCAUAUGACGGAAUUGCCAGCUGUACGUCAGAGUGUGGCGGCGAAUUGCGGGAAGCUGCUAUUGGAUGCGAUAUUAGAAGCGAGGUGCAAGUCAAUUGCUAUACUGGAUUUAUGAGUGGAGUAGUAUGCUGCGUCAGCAAAUCUUGUCACGAUGCGAUGGGAGUAUGUCGAAAAAACGAGCUUGAUCCAUUUGAAUCUGAACUGGCUAGCUCUGGCAUGACAUGUCGAGUGGGUUACACUUGUUUUCGCAGUGAGUAUCAUAUUCUGCCGCAAGAAAAGUGCGAGUUUUGUGGUGGUGUGUGUACGACCAGUAGCUCAUGCUCAGGAGGCUUCAGAAAAUAUCCCGGAAGAAGCUGCACAUGUUCUAAAGGACACAUUUGUUGUUUGGACCCGGAUUUGGAUCCAGAAUGUAAUCUGAAAGACGGAGUUGACAAGUGUGCCGAGACUUUUCCUGGCCGUGGUAAGUGUCGUCCACAAUGUCAACAAGGCUUCGAAGUUGCAUAUCAUUUACCGGGAUUAUGUGAAAACAGAUGUUCUUGCUGUAAACAACUAGGAAUGGGAGGUCACCCAAAUGUCAUUGGCGACCCAAAGUACAGUAGUUUCGAUGGUAUGGAUUUCAAGUUCCACGGGAUAUGCUCAUACGUGCUAUUCCAGGAAUGCGUUAUGACACCUAGGUUUAAGGUUAUUGCCAAACAUGCAUCUGCUGAAGACAUGAUGGGUCACCAAAAAGCUUACGUGGUUGCGGUGAGAGUCAUUGUAUACAACACAGUUAUUGACCUUACUUCUAAAGAAGUAAAGAUAAAUGGAAGUUCUGUUCUAUCAAAACUACCGAUGACUGUCGAAGGUGGUGUCAAAAUCUUCGUCGAUACUCUUCAUAAGCGAGUGCAUGUUGAGCUCUCCGACAUAUUCACAGUCACGUGGAACGGGAAUGGCAACGUGAAAGCAUCUGUUGAAAACGACUGGCAUGGGACAGUUUGUGGAAUGCUCGGUGAUUCUGACGGUGAUGCCAGUAAUGAUAUGAAGAUGCUGUUGCCGACUGGUCGCUUAAAAUUUACUCAAAAUGCAACUGAGUUCGGAUAUAGUUGGGAGAUUCCAGGCAGUUGUGAUCCGAGUUAUGACUUGUAUUAG